AUGUAUCACCUGGCUAAGUCGGUGUAUCUGUACGCGACUAGCAAAGAAGAGUAUUCCGUCCUACUACUUGGCUUGGACAAUGCCGGAAAAACAACCCUCUUGACACAAAUUAAAGCCCUCUAUCAACCACGAGCGGAUGGCGCGCCCGCGCCCAACCCCGGCAAAACCGUCCCUACCGUCGGCCAGAAUGUCACCACCAUCUCGUUACCGGAUAUGAACCUCAAGAUCUGGGAUGUUGGAGGUCAGAUAUCCAUGCGUGGUCUCUGGCAAAGCUAUUACACCAGCUGCCACGCGAUCAUCUUUGUGGUCGACAGCGCCGACGUGGGCCAAGACUCCGAUAUCACGCGGCUCCCCUCCGCGCCCGGACGACGCCCCAGCUCCGUAUCAGGCCCGACCCGCGGCAGUACAAGCAACAGCGAGCCGUUUUCCGAGCAGAAUGUGGGCACCAAUGCUGGAGGAAGUGAAUUCGGACGUUUGGAUGAGUGUCGCGAGGUGCUCGAGUCCGUCCUGCAGAGUGCCGAUGUGGCGGGGGUUCCGAUUUUGGUGUUGGCCAAUAAACAGGAUCGUGAGGAUUGUGUCGAGGUGGUCCGCAUCAAGGAAGGCUUUGUGCGCAAGGUCUUUGAAGGCGACACAGGCACAGGGGUUCGAGACAGCCGCGUGCUGCCGGUCAGCGCGCUAUUAGGGUCUGGGGUGCAAGCGGCCGUGGAGUGGGUACAAAGCCGUGUCAAGUGGAAUAAGGAAGGCCGGCCACCAGUGAUGCGCUGA